UCACAACCUGCCGGCUCCUCCGGUUUUCCAAGCUCCUCGAUCCUUUCCUCUCUCAGCCUCAGCAGACCAUCCAUCCAUCCAUUUGCAAGCAAGCAAGCUCAGUACAUGGGCAAUGGACUCUCCCUGCCCCCCUGCCUGCACCUGCCGGCGGCGGUGAGGCUGGUGUACUGGGGCGGCCGGGCGAGGCUGCUCGCCGCCGACGCCCGCAUCACGGCCGGGGACGUCACGGCCGGGGACGUCGCGGCCGAGCUCCCGCCCCCGGCCUCGGACCACGCCGUCUGCCCCGCCGACGCCUUCUUCGUCAACCUCCCGAUCCCCGUCAUGUCCCCCGACGAGGAGCUCCUGCCGGGCCGGACCUACUUCGUGCUCCCCGCCUCGCGCUUCCCGUCCGUCAAGGUGCUCACCGCCGCCACGCUCGCCGCGCUGUCGGCCGCGCCCGCGCCCGCGAGCAGGGGGAGGAGCAGGCCGGCGCCGGUGCUGCCCUUGGCGGGGCAGUGCCCGUUCGAGUACGUCAAGGCGGGCGACGGCGGCGCGCCGCUCAUCAGGGUCCUGCCGGAGUUCAUCGAGAAGGUCAUCACCUGCGACGGCGGCGCCCCGGCGCCCAAGACGGCGGCGGAGCUGUGCACCACGCCGGAGCUGAAGCGGCAUUACGCGCAGCUGGUGGGGCCGAGGAGACGCCCGUGGGCGCCGAGGCUGGACACCAUAGAGGAGGGCAAUAGGAGCAGGUGGCUCAGGGCCACCGCCAGAAUGCUCCCGAUCGAUAGCCGCCCACAACUGACGACCAAGAUUUCUUUUCGAUUCUUUUAGGAUAUAAAAAAUGUGUACAUACAGAUUAAUUCAAUGUUAAUUGGACGCACAUUUUUUGCUUCAA